AUGGAGAAGCCGAUCCCUGCCUUCUACUGCUGCUACCUCCUGCGGUCUACUGUCCGCCGUGCCAGCCUUUACGUCGGCUCGACACCCAAUCCGUUGCGCCGACUCAGGCAGCAUAACGGUCAAUCCAAGGGUGGCGCUGCGCGUACCGACCGCGACUCCUUGCGCCCAUGGGAGAUGGUCUGCAUCGUCGCCGGCUUCCCUUCCAAGAUCGCUGCACUUCAAUUCGAAUGGGCAUGGCAGAACACCCACCUUACGCGCCAUAUCCCCGCUGAGGAUCGCAUUACCAGUGCUCGCACCACUUCUCGCACCUCUGGGAGGACCGGAAAGACUAUCAAGCGUAUCGUGCGCCGGAACCCGCCCUCUCUCACCGACAGACUUUCCAACCUUCAUCUUCUUCUGCGCGUGAAGAGUUUCGAACGAUGGCCCCUCCGCGUCGCUUUCUUCGCCGAGGAUGUAUACCACGUCUGGGAGAAGUGGACGAAAUCCACACCAUUUAAGCUAAGGGGCAACAUUCGCGUGGAGCUGGAAAAGGCAAGCGUCCCGAAAGCUCUUCAAAGACCAGGCGCAGAAAGUACGAACAAUACUCUCGAGACGAUUGGCAAUGGAAAGGGGAUUGAAGGAAUUGAUGUCAGUUAUGAAGGCUUGAAAGCCUAUUUGGAGAAGAGCACAGCGCUCUCAGAAGAGGGCAAGAAGCUUGCAUGCGCUAUCUGCGAUAAGCAAAUGCAAAUGGAGAAGUGUGUUGUGUUAGUCUGUCCAGAGGAGGGCUGCCAGGCUAUCUCGCACAUGACCUGCCUAUCCGAGACUUUUUUGAAACAGGAGGGCAAGCCUGACGCAGUUGUGCCAUUGCAGGGCCAAUGUCCUAGCUGCAAGAAGAUGACACAGUGGUCAACGCUUGUGAAAGAACUGAGUCUUAGAAUUCGCGGCGAGAAGGAGGUUGCUACUCUUUUCAAGAAACGGACACGCAGGGCAGCCUCGCCUUCAAAGGCGACGGCAGCAGCACUCGAUGCAGCGGUGGCGCUCGAAGGUGAUGCUAGCUCAGAUGAUGAGUCAGAGUAUGCGGACAUCGAAAAUUACCUGCCGCGCUCUGGGACAGGUGACAACGUGCCUCCUUACGGCAACGAUGAAUAUGAAGACAUUGAUGACUGGUAUCACCAAGGACUGGAAAAUCAGGACGACGUUGAGACAGAUACGGACACAGACAUGGAUAUCGAAGGACCAGAGAAGGACCUAGAUGCCACUGCAACUGGAGUAUCUGCGGUAGGCAAUUUCUCGCCGAUAGUUGUUGAGGACAGCGAAUGGGAUGACGCUGAAGAGGUGGAUUAG